AUGAUGCUAACGAGCGGAGGACUAGCGGCCGCGGCUCACGGUCAUCCUGGAGCGAUUGUGACUACACAGGGGGUUAUGGCUGCCGGUGGCAUUCCGCAUGGUCAAGUCAUGAUGACAGCGGAUGGGAGAAUGGUGACCGUUGACGGAAGUGUUCUGACCAAUCAGGGAGUGCUUGUCGCCGCUGCCGCGCAUCACGGGGGCUACCACAGCGGCGAUCACGCCGCACAUCACGGCGGGCAUAACGAGGAUCUCGCCAUGGUCGCAACCCACGGAGACACCAUGGCCGCCGGCGGCGGCGGGCAAGGGGACCUAACCGGAGGCGAGUCGGAAGGGGAGGAGGAGACGAUCAUGCUUCGCGGCCGCAGCAAGAACCGGCAGGCGGUGGAGCUGAUAAUCAAGCAGGAGAUCUGCGCGCUGAAGAACGCCCGGCCGAAGAUCACGGCGGCGGGGAUCUGCCAGGUGUUGCGCGCGAAAUACGGUAACUCCACCGUGCGAGAGUCGCAGAUCCCGCGCAUCCUGCGCGACGAGCACAAGUGGGGCCGCGCGCCCGCGAACUUCAAGCGCGUGAGGCAGCCGCACAACGUGCGCCUGGAGGAGGCGCUGGCGGUGUGGGUGCGCGAUAUGAAGGCGCGAGGGGACUUCCGCGUGACGUGCGAUCGCAUUCUGGAGCAUGCGAAGGACAUUGGGCCGUCGCUGGGCGUUCCCGCAUCCUUCAGGUACAGCCGCGGGUGGAUCUCUCGCUUCCUCAGGCGCUGGGGCCUCACACGCAAGGCAGUGGAAGCAGCGAGGGAGGCCAACUUCAACCCGCUAGAUCCCUCCUCGGGCCCCUCGCACGGCGGCGGAGGGGGAGGCACCGACAGCGCCGCACACAUCAUCGACAGCAGGAGCCUGCUGGAGCUUGCAGACGAACAGCUAGAUCUGGAGGAAGCCGCCCGUCGCGCAUCUGAGCCGUCGGAUCUGCUUGCUGAGCUGGCAGAUGAGGAUAUUCUGGCAGCUGCGGCGAGUAUCCCUGCUGUGGGGAGUAGUGUAGUGGCGGCUGUGGCUAAUUCCCGGGGUGGACAGUAUGCUCCCAGUGCUGGGGGGCCUGGGGGAGCUGGCGGGCAGUAUACUCCUGGCGCUGGGGGGGUUGGGGUGGGGGGGGUGGGGGGUGGGGGUGAGUCCGUUGGGGAGGGACAGCUGCAGGCUGUAGCAGAAGAGGUGCUGCUGGGGCUGGAUGGAUCUGUAGCACGGGCGCUGGCUCCUGCUGGUGCUUCUGGCGCUGCUGGUGGCGCCUACGCGCCUGGCUCACACAUGCUUGUGCCUGCUGGAUCCACCUUUUCCGCUUCUCAAGGCCCAUACACGUCCUCUGCCCUCGCCCAGCUCUCUUCCGCGCCUCCCCACGCGCACCAUCCCCCGCCGCCGCCCCCCCAGCGGCGGCGCAACAUCACAGUGAAGCUCAAGCGCGCCAUCUGCGUGCUGAAGCGCGCCAAGCCGCGCCUGCGCGCGUCCGCCAUCAUAGAGGCCGUGCGCGCGAGCACGGGCAUCUCCCUAGGCACGCACCAGGUCUCCCGGAUCCUCCAGGAUAGUGACCGUUGGAUGCGCGCCCAGACCAACGCCAAUGCGGUCAAACGCGUGCGGGACCCUGAGAACGCCGCGUUAGAGGAAACCCUAGCUGAGUGGGUGAAGGAGAUGCGGGCGAAGCAUGGCGAGGCAAUGGUUACCAGAGACGAUAUGAUUGACCAUGCGAAGAGGAUUGGUCCCGGGUUGGGGGUUCAGCCGGGGUUUAAGUACAGCCGGGGGUGGUUGUCGAGGUUUUUGUGGCGGUGGGGGUUGCAGACCAAGGAAGAGAGGGAGGCGGCGAGAAGGGAAGGGAGGGAAGGGGGUGGUGAAGGGGAGGUUGCUGGUGGAGAUUCUGGGGGUGCUGGGGCUGGUGGGGGUCCGCUGGCUUUAAUGCCUGCUGAUGCUGAUGCGGAAGGGGAGGCUGAAGCAGGUUCUGCUGGUGCUGGUGCUGGUGCUGCUCCUGGGGCGGGGGCUGCUGCUGGGGCUGGUGGAGCUUCUGGGGUAGCCGGGGCAGCUGGCGCUGCUGGUGCAGCUGGGGCAGGGAGCGACACUGGUAGCGACCUUAUCAUAUCCUCUCACGAUUUCGUCAUUACGGGGACCGACAGCGACGAGGAUAAUUUCCUUCGUCUGGUGGAGGAGCAGCUUGCUGAGGUUGAAAAGGCAGGCGGGAAGGCAGCCAGGGCUGCAAUCAUGUGGGGGGAGGGUGGCGAGGGGGGCGAGGGCGGAGGAGCUGGAGAGGGCGGAGGAGCAGGAGGAGAGGGUGGGUCCACGGAAGGGGAGGAUACUGGGGACGAGACGGACCUAGGGGAAGGCGGAGGGGAGAGGAGGCGGCGGUAUGGCGGGGGGGUGUUCGGAGGGAUGGGGAGCAGUGAGGGGGCGGGAGAUGCACUGGAUGUAGACGCGGAUGGGAUCAGGAGGCGGAGGAUGGUCCAGGUGAAGGUGAAACGGGCGGUGUGUGCGCUGAAACGGGCUCGACCGGAGCUCACGAGCAGGGAGAUUAUCGAUGCAGUGAGGGUGAAAUACGGAGUGGAUUUGCCCCCGUCGGCUGUGCCGCGGAUUCUGAAGUAUGAUGAGCGGUGGCAGCAGGCUGGCGCGGCGGCGUCUUGCCGGGUAAGGUCGUGCAUGAAUUCUAAGCUAGAAGAGGUGCUGGCGGCCGCUGUGAGACGGGCGCUGGCCCGCGCUGCUGGUGAGGCGGGUGAGGGGGUGAAGGGGAGUGAGGGCGGCGAGGGUGGUGGUGAGGGAGGGGAGGGUGGUGGAGGAGGGGAAGGUGUGAAGGAGGGAGGGGAGGGGGCGAAGGGUGCGGGGGAAGAAGGUGGGGAGAACGGAGAGGACGGUGCUACUGGGGCUUCAGCAGCAGCAGGAGGUGAGGGGGGAGGAGGUGAAGGAGCAGGAGGAGCAGGAGGGGGGUCGGAAGGAGGAGCAGCAGGAGCAUCGGCGCCGGCAGUGGCAAGGACAGUAACGGUGCAGUCGAUUCUUGACCACGCCAAGCGCAUAGGCCCUCUGCUAGGCGUAGCACCCGGAUUCCGUUACUCCAAGGGGUGGGUCUGCCGCUUCCUGCAGCGCUGGGGCUUCGGCAGCAAGCAUCUGAAGAGCGGGGUUCUAGGGGUGGUGGCCUCUGGAGGGAGUGCUGUGGGGGGGGACGGGGGCGGGGAGGAGGGGGAGGCGGGGGAGAAUGGGGACGAGGAGGGGAGGGAGGAGCGGGAGGAUCGGGAGUUGCAGGAGCUGUUGAGUAUAGUGGAUGGGCAGGCGGCUGAGCAGGCGAGGAUGGAGGCGAUGUAUGGGUGGGGAUACGGGGGAGGGGGAUAUGGGGGAGGUGGGUAUGGGGGAGGUGGAUAUGGAGGGUAUGGAGGCAGGGAGGCAGGCUCGGGAGGUACGCCUGGGCAGGUGCCAUUUGCUGUGGGUGUGCCUGCGGCUAGGCUCGGGAUUAUUCGCACGCCUGAAGCUGCAGCUGCAGCUGCCGCGGCUGAGGCGGCGGCUUGGGAGUAUGCUUCGGGCGGGGGUGCUGGGGGGAUGAGAAAGAGAAAGAGGUUUGGGGUCGGGCCUGGUGACGUGGCGUUGCAUAAUAGAGGAGGGGGUGGUUGGGAUGGAGGUGGCAGAGGGUGCUGGGAAGCUUAG